AUGUUGAGGCACCGCGGCGGUGUCUACCAACUCGUCUGCAAGACCCUUAAGAGACGAGCUGCAGCAUCGGAGCUGAAUGAGGUCCGAGCGGCGCAGGUACAGGGCGCCAGGAACAGCCCAAUUGGGGCGAGCAGCAUCAGCGGCUCCACAAUCGGUGUCAGGACGAUCUUCGCCGGGAAGGUCGCCACUCAGAGCGGCGUCGGGAUCGCUAUCGAUAUGAGCAACGUGCAGAAGGACAUCUGCGUGAACAGCUUCGGCAGAGGUCACUUCUUCGUGAGGGUCGUCACGAUCAGCAUCUUCAGGGAGAACACCAGCGAGAUGAUCUCGAUUCGCAGGACGAGUCUGGCAAGCCUGAGGCGCACGGUCACCAGCAGGAUCACGCGCGGCAGCGUGCGAAGCACCAGCUGUGGCCUGACCGUCUUCGAAGUUGGGCAGCUCCAGCUCGAAAUUGAUGUCGUACAGGUAGGACUCGUGACUAGCCACUCCAGCUGGCGGCUGCGGGAGAGGAGUAGUAGAGCACCCACUCGGCGGUGA